AUCCCCUCCAGGCGCUGCUAGUGCCAGAGGCAGGCGCGAAGGUGCUUGGAGCUGCCUGCGGAGCGCGGGAUCUCGCUGGCAGCCCGGAGAGCGGGGCCGGCCGCCCUUCUCCUCUUCCUCCUCCUGCGGGGGCCACCCGGCAGCCCUUUCCCCUGCCUCAGCGCUGCUCUCUGCGCCCCCGGCCCCGGUGGGCGGCAGGUCCCGUCGGAGUCCCGGAACGGGAUGGGGCGGUGAGCGGGGGGCGGAGAGCCGGCGGUCCCCGCUGUCCCGCGGGGGAUGCCAGCCGGGCGCUGAGCGCUCCGCACCGCCCGUCUCCCCUCGCCACCGGCUGACACCAUGCGGGGCGCUGCCGCCAGCCUCCUCCCGCUCACCUUCGCCGUCCUCCUGGGCUUCUCCCGCUGUCGGCCGGACUCGGCGGCUAGGCUGGAGCCGGGAGCCGGGGCUGCGGCGCGGCUACGGAGCCGGGGGGCUGCCCUGGGGGCGGUGGGCACGGCGAACGGCCCGUCUCCAGCGUCCCGGUCCCCUCCGCCGUCACGGCCCCUCCCCGCAGCCCUCCACGUGGAUCGCGGCUCCGCGGCCGCCGCGGGGAGCCCGAGCGGUGCCGACGGCCGGAGGCAGCGUCCCGACCGCGGGCUGCCCACGCCCCGGGGCCAAGCGGGCGAUGCCGGGCUCGGUCCCGGUGCGGGACAGAGGAACAGGCAGGACUCCUCCCGCCAGCGGCAGAGCAGCGGGCUGAAAGCACGAGUGGUGCCCCGGGCGAAGGAGCCAAGCGGCAGAGGGAGGAUGGCGGGGCCAAAUGUCUGUGGCAGACAGUGUUGCCCAGGAUGGACCACAGCUCCAGGCACAAACCACUGCAUCAAACCUGUCUGCGACCCGCCAUGCCAGAACAGGGGCUCCUGCAGCCGCCCCCAGGUCUGUACCUGUCGCUCAGGCUUCCAGGGCUUCCGAUGUGAAGAAGUUGUUCCUGAGCAGGAGUACCACCCGCCUGGCGCCGUUGCUGCCUUCCAGCCCCCCACAAGCUCCCUCCGGAGGAGGACCAGCACAAUAGGGCGGGAUGCCUCCCUGAAAGGGGCUCAGGCGCCCAUCCCACGGCACGUCCCAGCUGUGAUUCAGAGCAGAAUUGGCUCUCCUGUCUCCCCUCAGCAGACAGGGUCAUCAAGGACUGUCCGGCGCUACCCAGCCAGCAAUGGCCAGCUCACCUCUAAUGCACUCCCCAAUGGAAACGGACACGAGCAGAGCAGCUCUGGCCCACAUGCUGUUUCCCAGGAGCACACCUUGUCUGCAAAGGGGGCCAACCUGACAGAGAAGAUUAGGAAGAUAAAAAUUGUCUUCACCCCCACCAUCUGCAAACAGACGUGCCAGAGUGGGCGCUGCUACAACAGCUGCGAGAAAGGAGACACCACCACUCUCUAUAGCCAAGGGGGCCAUGACCACGAUCCCAAAUCUGGCUUCCGCAUCUACUUCUGUCAGAUCCCCUGUCUGAACGGAGGGCGCUGCGUGGGCCGGGAUGAAUGCUGGUGUCCCUCCAACUCCACAGGGAAGUUUUGCCACCUGCCAGCUCCCUCUUUGGAAAAGAAGCAAGGAGGAAGAGGCCCAAAGACCCCAGCUGGCAGCUCCAUGAGGCACUCCACAUACACCCUGCCCUUGUCCAACCAGCUGGCUUCCCUAAACCCUUCUCUGGUGAACGUCCACAUUGACCACCCUCCAGAAGCCAUCGUGCAAAUUCACCAGGUGGCCAGGGUGCGGGGUGAUGCAGAGGUGUCGGAGGAAAACAGUGUGGAGACAGUCCUGGUGCCUCAGCUGGCUGCUGUGCCCUGGUACACCUAUGCCCAUGGGAAUGGCAACAGCAUUGCCACUGAGAGCAGACAGCAACAGCAGAGAGCCCCGGGGCUGUUCGGGAGGUGCUUUCGGGAGGCUCUCCACGGGCAGUGCACCAACCCCCUGCCAGGGCUAACCAAGCUGGAGGAUUGCUGCGGCAGUGUGGGGCUCUUUUGGGGUGUGGACCAGUGCCUGGCCUGUCCCCCCCGGCCAGCACACCCUGUGAUUGAGAAUGGACAGGUGGAGUGUCCCCAGGGAUACAAAAGGCUGAACCGGAGCCACUGCCAAGAUAUCAAUGAGUGCUUGAUGCAGGGCCUCUGCAAAGAUGCUGAGUGUGUGAACACCCGUGGCAGCUUCCGUUGUACCUGCAAGCCUGGAACCAUGCUAGACCCAUCCCGUAGCCACUGCAUCUCGGACAAAGCGGUGUCGAUGGAGCAGGGGCUGUGUUACCGCUCAGCAGAUGGAGGCGUGUGCUCCUUCCCCCUCUCGCACCGCAUCACCCAGCAGAUCUGCUGCUGCAGCCGCGUCGGCAAGGGAUGGGGCGAGAACUGUGAGGAGUGCCCCAUGCCUGGCUCAGAGGCCUUCAAGGAAAUUUGCCCAGCAGGACAUGGCUACACCUACUCCAGUUCUGACAUCCGACUGUCAAUGAGGAAGGCAGAGACAGAAGAGCUGCCCCUCAGCUUAGAAGAGCAAGGGGAGAACAGCAACUGGACUUUGGACUGGACAGGAAGGAGACAGCAACUGCAGGACAGCCUGCGUGGCAGCAUCCUGGAGGCAUUCCUCCACCCUGGCACCUCAGCAAGACAGGGUGAAAUUUCUCCUGCUGUGCAGGGAACUGCUGAUGCCACUGCAGAGCCUGCCAUGCGUAGAGCAGAGGAAGGGGAGUUCUGGCAUGGUUCUCACCAGCCUGGCCCCACUACCACCUGGGAUGCUGCUGCUCCAACACAGGUGCCAGCAGGGGUCAGUGGCUGUGCCUCCUCACCCCUUUCCUGCGGAGCUGGUGCUUGUGUUCUGACCCCAGAGGGAUACAGCUGCUUGUGCCACCCUGGUUACACCUUGGAUGACAGCCGCCACCAGUGCAUUGAUGAAGAUGAGUGUCUGAAAGACCCUUGUGCUGGAAAAGGUCGCUGCAUCAAUAGUGUGGGCUCCUAUUUUUGCCUCUGCUACUCUGGGUACACGCUGGCUGUCUCGGUGGGCAAGCAAAGCUGUGAGGACCGAGAUGAGUGUGAGCAGCCUUCUAUCUGCCGAGGACAGCGAUGCAUCAACACACCCGGCUCCUACCACUGCCAGUGCAAGGAGGGCUUUUCCAUGGGCCCCAGAGGACAGUGUGAAGAUGUCAACGAGUGCGUGGAUCCCAGCUCCUGCCCCAGUGGGAGAUGUGUCAAUACACUAGGAUCCUACAAGUGUGUCAGCUGUGGGGUUGGCUACCAGCCCAGGAAUGGAAGAUGUAUUGAUGUGGAUGAGUGUCUUGUGGAGGGGACUUGCGCUCACGGACGAUGUGUCAACCUGGAUGGCUCCUUCCACUGUUCCUGCUACCGGGGCUAUGAGGUGGCACCUGAUGGGAAGAGCUGCCAAGACAUUGAUGAAUGCACAGCCCGGGCUCCCUGUCCCUCCGGACUCUGCCUCAAUACUGAGGGCUCCUAUUCCUGCAUGUCUUGUGACACCGGCUAUGCUGUCUCCAGAGAUGGCAGCAUGUGUGAAGAUCUGGAUGAGUGUGAGGACCCUGCUGUUCAGUGCCUGGGGGGAGAGUGCAGAAACACGCCAGGCUCCUAUGAGUGCCAUUGCCAGACUGGCUUUGAGCUCAUCAAUGGCACCGUAUGCCAAGAUGUGAAUGAGUGCCUGAACAGUGAGAUCUGUAGUCCCAAUGGUGAAUGCCUCAACAGUCAUGGAUCCUACUUCUGCAUUUGUGCUCCUGGCUUCUCAAAUGUGGCUGGUGGAGUCAGCUGCCAAGAUGUGGAUGAAUGUGCAGACAAGUCCCGGUGCUCUCAAGGCCAGUGUCUGAACACAGAAGGCUCCUACAGAUGUCUGUGUGAAAAUGGAUUCAAACACUCCCAGGAGACUGAUGAUUGCGUGGACGUGGAUGAGUGUAAAGAAUAUGGGGAUGCCAUCUGUGGCACAUGGCGGUGCCAGAACAGCCUGGGCUCCUACCGUUGUAUCAUGGGCUGCCAGCCUGGCUUCCACUGGACCCCCUUGGGUGACUGCAUUGACAUUGAUGAAUGUGCCAAUGAGACGCUGUGCGGGAGCCACGGCUUCUGCGAGAACUCAGAUGGCUCCUUCCGCUGCCUCUGUGACCGUGGCUAUGAGAGCUCGCCUUCUGGGCACUACUGCACUGAUGUGAACGAGUGUGAACUGAUGGUCGCCGUGUGCGGAACUGCUCUUUGUGAGAAUGUGGAGGGAUCCUUCCUGUGCCUCUGCCCCAGUGACCACGAGGAGUACGACACAGAGGCAGGGCAGUGCAAGCCCCGAGCUGCCUUGGAGGGCUCCGACACACAUGCAGCCCAGCUCUCUGACAGUGCAGAGCGCAAGCAGUGUUACUACCACAUCAGUGACGUUCGCCUGUGUGACAGCGUCCUGGCCAAGAACAUCACCAAGGAGGAGUGCUGCUGUACUGUGGGGGCAGCCUGGGGUGACAACUGUGAGACUUACCCCUGCCCCAUGCCAGGCACAGUGGAGUACCAAGAGAUCUGCCCACUUGGGAAGGGUUAUAUUCCCCAGGAGGACCUGCUCUCAGGAAAAGUCUCUUUCACAGACAUGGACGAGUGUGAGAUAUUUGGCUCUGAGUUCUGCCGCAAUGGUCAAUGUUUGAACACGGUUCCAGGCUACAAGUGCUUCUGCCGUACAGGAUACUUUUAUGACUCCAGCAGGCUUGAGUGUGUUGAUCAGGAUGAGUGUCAGAAUGAAGUGUACUGCAUCAACGGCGAGUGUCUGAACACAGAAGGCUCCUAUCAUUGCUUCUGCAGCCUCCCUCUUGUGCUGGAUGCCACUGGCAACCGGUGUGUGAACUUCUCCAGCAGGGCAGAUGCCUUGGAGGAGUAUGAAAUCCACCUGGAUGUCUGCUGGCAGACCGUUGCUGACUACAUCUGCCAAGACUUGCUGCAUGGCCAGCAGACCACGUACACCGAGUGCUGCUGCCGGCUUGGUGAAGCCUGGGGCCAGAACUGUGCACUUUGUCCCCACAGGUCCUCCGCUGAUUUUGCUUUUCUGUGUAAUGGAGCCAGUGAAGACAGUGAGAGAGGGGCUGAGCUCCGAGAAAGACCUAGGUAUGAGUAUGGACCAGGCUUGGAAGACCCCCACUAUGGCCUUCCCAGCCCCUACUACAACUACCUGGAGUCUGAGUACGGAAACCCCGAUGCUGGUUUCCCUCGGAGGGAACCCAGCAGUGAGUUUCAUGGCAGCCCUCUCCACCAUGGCCCAGCACGGUCUCCACCCCGCUACCUGCCCAGCCAGUCUGGUCUCUACGGGGGCUUCGAGGGGCUGCAGGCAGAGGAGUGCGGCAUCCUUAAUGGCUGCGAGAACGGGCGCUGCGUGCGCGUCCCCGAGGGAUACACCUGCGACUGCUUCGACGGCUUCCAGCUGGACAUGACCCGCAUGGCCUGCGUGGAUAUCAACGAGUGUGAGGAGGUGGGCAGCCCUGAGCCCCUGUGCCGAGGUGGCACCUGCGAGAACACAGAGGGCUCCUACCGCUGCCAGUGCUUGCCAGGCUACGUGGCACUGGCCCGGUCACACCACUGCGUGCCCCAGACAGCCCAGAACCCAGCAGCCGCGUAGCUCUAGGAGAGCAGGGGUGAGGGUGCUCCCCUGCGCAGGGCUCUGGGACCUGGGAGCACAGAGAAGGGCGUCCUGGGGCUGCGGGUGCUUCGAGGCUCUUUGUUCCUUCCCCUUCAAAGUGCACAGCUUCCCCACCACCUCUCUCUAAAGGUCAGGGCUGAGCUCCCAGCCUCUGCACCCCUCUUGGCCCUGCCAGCCCCUGCUCUUCCUGCAGCAGAGCCCACCCCAGCCCUCGGCACCUGUCACAUUGCCCUGUGUCAUGGAGGCUCACAGGACACCUUCCUUUGCCACACAGCCCCAGCCUGUCCCCCUCACCCUGCCAAGAAAGGGGGUUCAUCUCCCUGCCACUGCUGCACUGACCUAGUGACAAGCCUUACCCACACGGCAGGUGCUGGCCCCACUCCUUGUGAAGCGUCCAGCCCCCAGGCCAGAGCUUUAAGAUGGGGGUUCCAUGCCAGCUUUCUAGAGCUGCUGCCUAACCUUGGGGCAUGGGAGAGAGGCCUGAGGGGCUCCAGGGCCAGCUCUCCCUGUGGCCUUUAGCCCCACACUUUGUGCCCCGUGCUGGCUGGGCAGGGGGAGGGGGAGCAGGUCCAGCUUCCUUUCUGUAAAGUUGGUGGUUAUUUUUUUUUUUUACCAAGUCUGCUGGAAACUUCUCUCAUGUUGUUAAAUAAAACAUUUAUUUUGGGCCCCUGUGGCUCAAGACACUGGG